GUGCCGACGCUUGAACAGGCGAUUUGUUUAUAGCAUUAGUGACUCGUUACACGGUGUAUGUAUGUAUAAUAGUAUGUAACAUGGCGGGGUAUAUUCUUAGCCUUCCUCUUAGCCAUGUAAGGCAUUGGCUGCUCCUGUGUUACCGCAAGGUUGGGCUGCGAGUGUUGUGCGCAGUGCUCUGCCCUCCCAUUUGUUUGUUGCUUCAGCUGAGCAGCGAGUCUGGGACCCAGGCAGGCCCCACCGCAACGUUGUUGGGAGACCCCACUCUCUCAGCUUCACCGGAGGCCGGAGAUACAGCCUUAUACCCGGGCUGUACCCACUCAUAAGCCCAGUCUGUAUGGCAGGAUUUCUGCUGCUAGAAAACACUUCUCAAUGAAUUACGAAAACCCUCCACCAUAUGCAAGCCCACCUGCUCCAUACCCACCAUAUGGCCAGCAGCAACCAGGCUAUCCAGUACCAAACCAAUAUCCUGGCAAUCCUCCAGGACCAGUGGGAUACCAGCCAGCACAACCAGGCUAUCAAGGAUAUCCACAAUAUGGAUGGCAGGGCGCUCCACCUGCUAAUGCACCAGUUUAUAUGGAUGCUCCCAAAAAUACAGUAUAUGUUGUAGAAGAAAGAAGAAACGACACAUCAGGAGAGAGUGCCUGUCUUACUGCUUGCUGGACUGCCCUUUGUUGCUGCUGCCUUUGGGACAUGUUGACCUAAAUUUGCACAAAAUCACACCGAGCUCUGUUUGUUGUAGUUGUUUGUUUAUUUAUUAUUGAUUAAUUAUUAAUUUUUUUUGAUUGCCUUUCUACACCACUCUGAAAAUUGUCUUAAGUUUUACUUGCGUCUAAAUAAAGUUUUUCCAGCUUUGUUCAUUUAAAUAUUUUUGUUUGCCAAUCAUAUUAUGAAUGCACAUGCAAUCUGCAAUAAUACAGCUGUUUUACAUAUAAAGUUAAUAAAUAUUAAAAAUGAACAGUGUAA